UGUCAUAGAUCGGAUGGCACGAAAACACAGGCGAAUUUUUUCACCCCCCAGCAAAUGCAGGAUGACAACUACCGACCGCUGGACAUCCUAACAACCCCGCGGCCAUUAACGUAUCGUCUACAUAAAUACAAAGUACGUCGUUCAGCCCAGCAAAAACUUCAAUAUGAGUCAGACUACACCAAGAAACCCACAGACACGCCCUCGGUUAACUCGGCCAAUAACAGGGUGCACAAUUUGUUAGUGAGACGGCAUCUAAGGAAGAAGAAGUUCGAUCGGGACAUAUUGAACAGAUGGAAAGCCGAGAAGGCGGAUGGCAAUCACAUAAUAGACGACGACUAUGAUCAACCUGUCAAUUUUGUUGAUUGGGAGAACCAGAUAAUCUACGACGAUGGGAACGUGCCUGAUAGCGGGCUGGAUGGUGAAAGCGAUACAGAGUCAAACAGAAUAUUUGAUGAGGAUGAGUCUGUCCUUCUGCCGAGAAGAAGACCUGACAUUAAAACGACGGAGCUCAUCCGGUCGAUAUUCAACAAUGAGUACUGGGAGUCGCAGAUAGUCUAUGACGAGAGCAAUUUGAACAAUUUUAAGACCUACGUCACAAUCAAUGUGAACGACCCGAAUCUCAUCCUGGAGAAAAUAGACAAGAAAAAGAUAAAGAAAGUUAAAACAGAGACUAAAAGAAGCAAUUAUAACAUUUCGAACGAUCGGUACUACGAAACACUGUGUGUGAAGAGCAAUCUCGGAAACCUGGGUAUGCAACACUCUCUACCGGCUCUUAGGUUGGACAUGGGUCUGUUCAGGACAUAUCUCACAAAGGAGGAGCUGAGGAAUUUCCACAGACCUGGUCUUAAUCUUUUGAAGAGGGCGGAAAAGGCACGAUUUGGCCGUUUAGGCCAGAAAAGCAGCCAGCAAAGUAUCAAAUCACUCGGGCAGCUUACACUCACGGACAAUGUGUCGUUUGCACUAUUUGAAUACUCAGAGGAAAUUCCACUGCUUGUGCAGAAUAGAGGAAUGGUGAGCCUUCUAACAACGUAUUAUAAGAACAAUGGAAAUGCUCCAAAAAAGUAUUUAGGAAAGCUCACUGUCAUUGAGAAUGAGGAGCCCUCACCUUUCAUUGUGGACAUCAAGCCUGGCGCGUCUUUAACCGCACUUACCAACAAUUUGUUCAAAGCGUGCGUUUUUAAGCACACAAUCACGGAUUACCUUAUGAUCAUCACUGACAGUCCAGUUGGUGAGGAUCUGGAUGAGUGGGAGGAAGAAAGCGAGGAUGAUGCUGAAGAGGUGUCUCGAAAGACAACUUUAGGUUCUUCCGGUAAAACACGACACGUAAAUGAUGAGAUCCUGGGCAGAGAUCAUGUACGAAAGAAUGCAAAUACUAAGAAUUUUGGGAGAGACAAGAUGGCGUUGAACAGAGAUAAUAUCAAGCAAAGCAAUUCCAACAAGAUUAACAGAACUUUGAGAUACUUCCUGAGAAAGAUCAGCCACGUGUUUACCGUUGGACAGACCUUUCCAAUUGAGGAAGUUUAUUCGCCACACAGCCGAAAGUUGAACAUUUUCUGUAAGAAUAGAUUGAAGGUUGCGGCGUUUCGUGAAUAUCAAAGCAAUGGGCUGCUCGGCGCCUCGUAUAUCGAAGAUCUUUUCCCGCAGUUCAGCGAAGGAAGCAAACGGAAAUGGCUUAAAGAGUAUUCCGACAGCUUUAAGCGCGGGAAAGAGACGUUUUAUCAGUUAAAGAAAAGUGCAAGCAUUCUGAAUGAGGAGGACCUGCGCAUAUUGGUGACACCAGAAAACGUGUGUCAGUAUGAAGCGAUGCUAUGCGCUGAGCAGAGGUUAAGAGACUGUGGACUGGAAUAUAAGGAGAAUGUGAUGGAAGAGGGCGAGCUUCUGCUCAUGCCAUGGAAUCUGUCCCGGAAUUAUAUUAACUACGUUGGUGGGCGAGGUGUUCUGGAGAUGAAAGGAUCGGGCGAUCCUACAGGAAUUGGUGAAGGAUUUUCGUUUGUGAAAGGAAACGUAAAGGCUGUGGAUCCGGAGGUCAUUUGGGAACGCGAACAGCGUAGCCUGUCAAGUACACGUGAUAUUUCGUACGAUGAGGUGAAAAGUUUGAUAGAGGAGAAGGAGCAUCGGAAGAGCGUAGAGCCUGCGAAACCAGUUGUUGUCCCCUCAUCGUCGUACAUAUUGAUAACUCGUGUGAUCGACGAUGAGGAGCACAUCGAGAAAGUGACGGAUCCGCUCGUGAUCAAGGCGUACCUGAAGCAGAGAAAAAAGGUCCGUACUGAAGAGCGCAAGGGCACGCCAAAGAAUGUACUGCGCUGCGGAGCAUGUGGUCUUGUUGGUCACAUGAAGACCAACAAAUCAUGUCCCAAUUUCUGUGCACGAACCCUCAAAGGAACGAGCACACCCAAAAAGGCCAAGAAUCUUCUCACAGACCUCAUCAACAAAACGAUACAGCGGUGUGCAGCGAUGAACUACGCCAGUGCGUUUUUGCGACCGGUAAGCACUAAGAAAUUUCCUGACUAUUUGAAGGUGAUCAGCGAUCCUAUGGAUCUCGGCACGAUGAAGAGUAGAGCGAAAAACCAUAAAUAUGCUAAUUUUGGAGAGUUUGUGGCCGAUCUGAGGAAGAUGUGGCAGAACUGUGUUACCUAUAAUGGCACGGACCAUGGUCUGAGCAAGCUGGCCAGGAAUAUGCUUGAUCUAGGAGAGGAAACGAUGAUGAGCAAAAAGGAUGAAAUUCUUGAAAUACAGAAUGUGAUAACAAAGGGAGAAAAUGAAGCGACAUAGCGAUUUGAUGCCGUAUCGUAGCAUGACUCGUAUUGCCCGAUUCUAAUACCGAGACAGGGCACCUUUCAAGAUAUGUUUGAUAGUCAAUAAAAUUGUUUGUGGCAUAUUGGUUUUAAUGGAGAAUUACUUCCAGGUUGUUCUGCUCCAACCUUAAAUU